CGGAGCGGGGCGGCCCCGCCGCCUCCCCGGCCCCUCGCCCGCGGCACCGAGCGAGGCUCUUCCGGGCAGCGGGGCCAGGGCGGCGCGGGGCCGGCGGCCGGGGCUCUGAGUCACAGGCAUUGCGUGACAGCGGCACAGAUUCCAGGCCUGCGAGAGACAAACCUCCCUGCUGCAGGGUCAUCCUUUCCAGGCGAGGAACACGCCAAAUAACUCCAAGAGCGUUUGAAGAUGUCAGCAGAUAUACCAUUAAAUAUUAACAUCAAGGAGCCCCGAUGGGAUCAAAGCACUUUUGUUGGACGAGCCAAUCACUUCUUCACUGUAACAGAYCCCAGGAAUAUUUUGUUAUCUGAUGCCAAACUGGAAAAUGCAAGAAAAAUUGUGCAUGAUUACAGACAAGGUAUUGUGGCACCUGGCUUGACAGAAGAUGAGUUGUGGAGAGCAAAAUACAUUUAUGAUUCAGCCUUUCACCCAGACACCGGGGAGAAGAUGGUGUUGAUCGGCCGAAUGUCCGCCCAGGUGCCCAUGAACAUGACUAUCACAGGCUGCAUGAUGACCUUUUACAGAACGACACCAGCAGUGCUUUUCUGGCAGUGGGUCAACCAGUCCUUCAAUGCUGUAGUAAAUUACACGAACAGGAGUGGGGAUGCCCCAAUCAGUCUCAGCCAGCUGGGAACAGCCUAUGUUUCUGCCACCACAGGUGCUGUCGCAACAGCCUUAGGACUUAAUUCAUUGGCAAAGCGCGUCUCGCCUCUUAUAGGGAGGUUUGUUCCUUUUGCUGCUGUUGCUUCUGCCAACUGCAUCAAUAUUCCACUAAUGAGACAAAGGGAGCUCAAGUUUGGAAUUCCUGUCACGGAUGAGAAUGGAAACAGACUGGGUGAUUCAUCCAAAGCAGCUCAGCAGGCAAUCACCCAGGUGGUGAUAUCCAGGAUCCUGAUGGCUUCUCCUGGCAUGGCAAUUCCACCMUUCAUAAUGAAUACAUUGGAAAAGAAGGCCUUUUUAAAGAGAUUUCCAUGGAUGAGCGCUCCCAUUCAAGUCGGAUUAGUUGGAAUCUGUCUCGUGUUUGCAACUCCUCUGUGUUGUGCACUGUUUCCUCAGAAAAGUUCCAUGUCGGUAUCAAGCUUGGAGCCAGAAUUGCAAGCCAAGAUCCRAGAGAACAACCCUGGCCUAGAACGUGUAUACUUUAAUAAAGGAUUGUAAUUCAAGGAAGGCAAAGUA